GGGACAGAUGUGGUUACACUAUAAAAGCAAAGACAAUAUUCACAUGAGGUAGUGUGGGAGGAAGUUAGUGGGAUUUAGCUGCUCAGGAUUGAGCUUUCGGUGCUCGGGACCCCUCAAACAUGAAGAAAUGCCUUGAAUACACCUUGCUCCUCAUCAUCUCGACGCUUCACGGUUCACUGCAGCAGAGAAUCAUUGGAGGACAGGAGGUUGAGCCCUAUUCCAUAAAGUACCAGGCCUCUGUGCAGUACAACAACUAUCAUUACUGCGGAGGAACACUCAUACACAAGCAGUGGGUGGUUACUGCUGCCCACUGCUGGAGGCCGAGCUAUUUAAUCAAAGUUGUUCUGAGUGAACAUGACCUCUCCAAAAAAGAGGGCUUUGAGCAGGUGUUCAAUGUGUCCAGAGUCCUGGUGUAUUACAUGUACAAUUACAGGACAUUUGACAGUGACAUUAUGCUCUUGAAAUUGGAGAAGCCCGCAGAGCUCAAUGCCAACGUUCAGCCAGCCAUGCUGCCAACCUCACUCGCUCCUAUAACAGGGGGCACAAUUUGCACGGUGAGCGGCUGGGGCGUCACUCAGGUCUACAGUUAUUACCUGUCCCCCGUCUUGCGUGCUGUGGAUGUCCAGAUCAUCCCUCAGUGUCAAUACUACUACUACUACCGAAUCACAGACAACAUGGUGUGCGCCGGCUCCCCACUGGGCGGCAAAGACUCCUGCCAGGGCGACUCUGGUGGGCCUCUCAUCUGUAACGGUUAUUUUGAGGGGAUCGUGUCCUGGGGCAUCAGCUGUGCCAACCCUUAUUUCCCAGGAGUCUACACCAAAGUCCGCAACUACAUCUCCUGGAUCAACUGGAUAAUCGACAAUGACAACAGCUAGAAUGUUCUUUUUCCAAAGGUUGUUGAACUGCCACGCCAUCAAAAAGACCAAGUAUACUGAGUACACCGGUCAAUGUCUAUUAGAUAAGAUGAAUACCAGCAUUAAAAGUUGUUUUAUUUGUUUUAUUUGUUGUUUGAAAACGGCUCAAUUUAUGAAUGAACAAAAUAGAACAGGUUUUGGAUAUCAGAGACUUUCAUUUAUGGUUAAACUGUGGUUAAUUUCAUGAUUGUAUUGGCGCAAAAUCAAAUUCCAACAAACUUAAAUGGUUACUUAAAUUCUUUUUAUUCUAUUUUUAAAUGUUAUUUCAAGGCAGGGAACCAUAAAAUAAAUAAAUCAAGUAUUUUCUCAGCUUA